AAUGAAGUAGAAAUUGAGGCCUGUCAAGAUAAGAUGAAUUCGCUGGAGCACUUUAUCCACUCACAAAAAUUGGAAAUUGAGCAUUUGAAGUCAAAUAAAGAAGAACUAAAUAAUUCCCUUAAAGAAGCUAAUCAAACCUUAGGAGAACUGCUAGAAACUAAGGCAGAUAAUAUUAACAUUAUAGCUCAACUGAAGAAGGAAAAUGAAUUUGCCCACAGUCAAGUGCAGCUGUGGAUGAAGUCCUGUAAGGAGAUGGAACAGGAAAAGGAAAUGUUGCAGAAACAACUAGUUGAACGUGACGAACUAUUAAACAAGAAAAAUCUAACUAUGUCAAAGUGUCAGAAAGAAGGUGCCAAUGAGAAUGCCAUUACAGAAGAAAUUAAGUUAAAACUGGAAGAAUUACAGGAAUUUACAGAAGUGAAAACCAGAGAAGCAAAUGAGAACUUGGAGAAAUACUGCUCUCUAAUUGUUAAAUAUUAUAAACUGGAGGAAGCAAAUGAGAUGCUAAAAACACAAGUCAGUUUGUUGAGUGCUCAGCUGAAACAGCCAACAAGUGAUGCUGUCAGCACUCCUUUGCUGAAUUUGGAUAACUCAUUAACAGUGAGAAAUCAGUCUGUCAAAGAGAUGAGGUCAGGUGAAGAAACUACUAAGCUUUCAAGUAAAAGACAGAGAUGCGAAGACAACAUGAAAGAUAAUGGAGAACCAAGAUCCCCUGUGCCAGAGACUUCAUCCAAAAAAAAAAAGGAUGAUAUUUCUCAAUAUCUGCUGUGUCAGGAAGACUCAGACAGUGAGCCUGAUGGCCUUCCAGAAGUAGUGAAAAAAGGGUUUGCUGAUAUUCCCACUGGAAAGGUUAGCCCUUACAUUUUACGUAGAACAACCCUAAAUCUAAGAACCAGUCCCCGUCUGGCUCCUGCAAGUGAGAAAUUGCCUUUGCCUACACAAGAUGUACAAAAAUGUGGACUAGAUAAUCUUGGUGAGCGCUCCUGUUCGACAGCUGGUGGCAGCAAACCACAAAAGGUAAAUGAUGAACAGCAGUCUCAAGCUUUUCCACCAAUGAAACCUACUUCAAGGUCGCCACUUUGCCCGCAGAAGCAAUCCACAAAAACUGUCUCUGGUAAUACUAAGGAGAGUCGUCCGAUGGACAAAACCAAAAAUUCUCUAAAUGAACAAGGACUGCAUGAGCAAGAUGAGCAAAAAGAAAAUUGUAAGGUGCAGUAA